CCUCCACCGUCAUGAGGGGCCUGGCGAUUCUCUGGCUUUCCUUCGUGGGCGUGUUCGGGGAAGGGAGGGAGGAGUGCGGGGGGGUGUUGACGGAUGACUCGGGUGUCAUCCUAUCUCCCAAUUACCCCGAGGAAUAUCCCGUCAAUUCUGCCUGCAUCUGGUUCAUCAUGUCAGAGUUCCCGGUUAUACUGACUUUCGAAGAGUUCUUCCUCGACGGCGAGUCCUCGAAUUGCGAAGACGAAUACGUCAAGAUCACGAAUUUCGGCUGGGCCACCUUCUGCGGGGAAGACGCACCGUCCAGCUUAGAAAUUUCUGACACAGAAGUCACCGUCAUCUUUAAGAGCGACGCAAUUCCCUCCGCUAUCGGCGACCGCCGGUUCCGCAUAAGCUAUCGCGUCGACAACGGGUGCGAAAUCGGAUGGAAUCGGUUCCAAGAUAAUUGUUAUCUUCACAUCACCACAGACGAGAAUGACUUUUCGCUGAAUAACGCCGAGGCACGAUGCCAGGCCAUGGGGGCUCACGUCGCCAGCGUCCAUUCGGAGGAAGAAAACCAAUUCAUUGCGCAACGGGUUCGGCGCCCUGUCAGCUACAUCGGGGCAAGUGCAGGACCGAAUUUCUCGAGCGAUAGAAACGACUUUGAAUUCUUGGACGGUACUCCAACGGAUUUUUCCAAUUUCAAUUCCGGAGAAGUCUAUCUCGUGAACGACAAUUAUUUCGUGCUCAUGGUCGACAAAUGGAUCAACUUUCCCUGCGACGAACUACGUUCCUAUAUCUGUGCAAAUUCCAAUGGGUCGGAAAUCACCGUCUGGCCCUCGAACAGCACUUUCGAAGCUGCCCGAAGCCAUUGCUCAUCAAACGGCAGAGAUUUGAUGAAGAUCUCGGACCAAGAACACAUGUCAAACGUCCUGCGAAAAUUCCUGGAAUUACGAAACCUCGAUCCAGCGACGGAAUUCUGGAUCGGCCUGCGCCGCGACGAAUCCGCCCGGGAAUGGCUCUGGGUCCAAGACGGAUCCGAAUCGGACUACGACAACUGGGUCCCGGGUUACCCGACCGGUUAUCCGAACCACGACUGCGCGGCCACGGUUCCAUCCACGUGGGCCACCGUCGCCUUCACGGCCCCCGCGUUCACGUGCAAGAAGCUCGCAGCCAGCCCCUGAGAGUGCGUUUUUCAAAUUUCAUUAUCUGGAAAUUUGCAUAUACAGGAUGAAAUACAUGGUUGGAGAUGAAUCCGAUCGAGAUUGAUGGAAAUACAGUCGACCCCGC